AUCUUUUACCUCGUACACCUGGCGUCCAGCCAUGCCCCCGCCGGAGCGCACGGCCCGGCUCUCGCGCCAGCUCGCGCAGCCAGGCAGCGCAGCGGUGCCGCGGAACUUUGAUGUGCUGCCAGGCAGUCAAAAUGACGAGUUGGCGGGGCACCUGCGGUGGAUGGCACAGAAGAUGGAACUAGGCCAAGACAUGCUGCUGCUUGGCCCCCCUGGUGCGCUGCGCCGGAACCUCGCGCUGCGCUUCUGCGAGUUGCAGCGCUUGGAGGCGGAGGUGCUGACGGUGACGCGGGACACCACGGAGGCUGACCUCAAGCAGCGCCGGGAGCUCACCAGGAGUUCCGGCAGCCGCACCCUCUACGCGGACGGGGCGCCGGUGCGCUGCGCGUUGCGUGGUCGGGUGCUGGUCUUGGACGGCUUGGAGAAGGCUGAGCGGAACGUGCUCCCCACACUCAACAACUUGCUGGAGAACCGGGAGAUGCAGCUGGAUGAUGGCCGGUUGCUAAUACCGGCGAGAAGGUACGACGCCCUCACUCAGCAAUCCCUUGCUGGCGACGGUUCCUCGGCCCAGCUGGCGCGGGUCCAUGAGGGCUUCCGAGUGCUGGCGCUGGCGGUGCCCUGCCCCCCCUGGCCUGGGAACCCCCUGGACCCCCCACUCAGGUCCCGGUUCCAGGCGCGCAUCAUCAUGCCGCCCGCGCUGGUUUCUGCACAGCAGCUGACGUCCUUCUUCCCCGGCCUCAGCAGCGAGGCGGAUAACCUAUUGCGGCGGCUCAGUGCGUUGCAGCGGGCGUUGGACAGUGGGCAGAUGCCAGGAGGGCUCCGUGCGCCCACGCUGACCUUCGACGCCGUGCAGCGGCUCCUGCGCUUGGUGCUCCCUGCAGAUGCGCUGAGCAGUGCUGCAGAGGCCUUCGAUCGAGUCUACCCCUUGGCGCUGCUGUGCCGACAGCCGGCCGCCCAAGCAGCGGCGGAGCAGCUCUUGAGGCACUUCGACCUGGCGCAGGAGCCACGUGCUUGGACCUUGGCAGGGAGUAGCAGCCGCGGCGGCCUCAUGCAGCUGGAGCUGGACGACGGCGAAGGCCACCACGGACAGCUCUCGCUGGCGUCGCCCUGCAUCGCCGCGGCGUCCAGUUUCUUCGUGGCCGCGCCCAAGCUGCGGCCAGUGCUGGCACGCCUGGCGCAGGACUUCGCUGCAGGCAGUGACUGCCUCUUGGUGGGCCCGGCUGGCUGCGGCAAGUCCGCUCUGGCGAGGCACCUGGCCGGCUUGCUGGGCCACGGUGCCCCCGGCGGGACCGGGCUGGAGUUUUUCUUCCUGCACGAGGAGAUGUCCUCGCGGGAUUUGCUGCAGCGGAGGGCCACCAACGAUCUGGGGGACACCGUUUGGGUGGACUCCCCCUUGGUGCGAGCGGCACGCUCCGGCGCCCUGUGCAUCCUGGACGGGGCACACCGCCUCAAGGGUGACGCCCUCUGCGCUUUGGCGCCGCUGCUGCAGGACCGCCAAGUGUGCCUGGCAGUGGCGGGCGAUCCCCAAGGAGCCACCUGGGAGCUUUUGCUGCGGGCGGACCGGGUGCAGAGCGUAGGCUUCGACACGGCCGCCGGCUGCCUCGUGGGCGCCAUCGCCCCGAGCUUCCGGGUGCUCGCGCUGGCGGAGGUCCCUACGGCGCAGAAGCCGUGGCUCAGCGAGGAGCUGGCGGCCUGCUUCAGCACCCACAGCUACCCAGAGCAAUCUGCUGAAGAUUUAGUGCUGCUUCUGCGGGCGGUGGUGCCCUCUCUUCCAGCGGCGUCGGCACAGAAGUUUGUGCAUGCCAUGACGGAGAAGGCGGACGACGCCGCGAACGCCUCGAGCGGCAUCUCGGUGCCGCUGCGGGUGUUGCUGCGGGUCGCCAAAGCCGCUGCCGCCGCGGACGGGGACGCCGAGGUGGAGCUGGUGCACGGCUUGCUGCAGCAACAGCUCUUCCCCUUCAUGCCCAAAGGCGAGCGCGGGAAGCUGCUGGCGCAGCUGGAGCCCCACUUCGGCGCAGCCGUGGCCGUGGCGGCGGAGCGCGCGCUGCAGCGGGCCAAAAGGCCAGCGAGGGAAUUGCAAGGCGAGCCCGAAGGACCCGACUCGGUGCGCUUCGGGUCCUUCAUAGCGCCGAAGAUGACGCCCGCGAGCCCCGAGCUGGUGCCCUCGGUGGAUUUCGUGGGCAUCGAUCGGCAUGUGGACUUGCUGCAGGAGCUGGGCAAGGCCAUCUUCCGGCGACAGGAGCGCUUUCUUCUACUUCUGGGGCCGCAAGGUGUGGGGAAGAACCGGGUGGUGGAUUACUUCCUGCAAUCCCUCCGCAUGGAGCGGGAGUACAUGCAGCUGCACCGCGACACCACGGUCUCGCAGUUGACGGUGACGCCAGUGGUUUCGAAUGGCCGUCUACAUCACGAGGACAGCCCCUUGGUUCGUGCAGCCCAGCUUGGCCGAGCCCUGGUUCUGGAUGAGGCAGACAAGGCGCCCUUGGAGGUAGUGGUGGUUCUCAAGUCCCUCAUCGAGGAUGGGCAGUUGGCGCUGCCCGAUGGACGAAGGCUGGCCAGCAGUGAUGUCGGGGACCACUCCCUGCGAGUGCACCCAGAGUUUCGGAUGUUCGUCCUGGCGAACCGCCCCGGCUUCCCCUUCUUGGGCAACGACCUGCUCCGGGAGGCGGACGUCUUCUCGGUCUUCUGCCUGGACAACCCGGACGCCGCCUCGGAGAUGCAGCUGGCUCGCGCCAUCGGCCCCUCGGUGCCUUUAGCGCUGCUGAAGACGCUGGUGGCCCUCUUCGCGGAUUUGCGCCUGGCGCUCGAGGACGGCCGGCUCCAGUACCCCUACAGCGCUCGAGAGCUCCUGGCGGUGGUACGACACCUGGAGCGCUUCCCCAAUGAGCCGCUGGAGGAGGCAUUGAGCUCGGUUCUGGCCUUCGACCGCUUCGACGCAGCGCUCAAGGAGCAGCUGCGCCCGCUGCUGGAGAAGCGGAACAUUUCCAGCCUGGCGGUGCUCGGACCUGUCAAUGGCAAUCCAAGUGCGGCGGCCACCCCAGAGCAGCCCUGGCUGCGUGCGCUGGAGGCGCUGCGCGCUGCGAAGUUGGGGGCGCCGCUGCGCCUCACCAAGGAGCCGGCGGGCGCUUGGGUGGUGAGCUCCGAGGCACCAGUGGCCUUUGGGUGCACCAAUGCGAGCGACCAAGUGAAGCUCCGCCCGGCGAUGCUGGACCCACCCAAGGCGGUGCCAUUGGCAGAGCUGAGCUUUGAGCGAAGCGGCCUGGACUUCCACGAGGGCGUGGUCCGGGCUGCACUCCCCUUGGGCCGCCACGCUGGGGGCGUGGUGGAUGCAGCAGUGGAUCCCGAGGGCGCGGUGCAUGUGCUCUCCACAGGCCCGCUGUGCCUCUGGACCAUCCAGGACCCACAAGCGCUGGGCGCCGAAGCAGGUCGCUGCUCCUUGUUGCAGGUGGGCCCCGGUGCUGAUUGGUACUUCUCUUCUGGAAAAGGUGGAGCCAGCAAGGGCCUGUGGGUGAACGGCCGGCACCUGACCCUGGGCACGCCGCAGCUGGUGUGGGUGCCGGGGGUGAAGGCGGUGCUGUUGCACUCUCCACUGGACGGCAUGGCUCCGCAGCUGCUGUUGGAGCGCCCGGGUGAUGUGGCGGGCGCCCGCGCUGCGGCGGUGCACGCCCCAGCACUGCAGCCCCGGUCCAACGCGGCGCGCCUGCGGCCAGCGGCGGAUGACAGCUUUGUGUUGGUGCCCCAUGGAGGGCCAACCUACAAGGAGGACGUAGCUGUUGACCUGGGAGAGCUACCGGUGAGCGCGGAAAGCCCCGACUUUGCGGCGCCCAACUCUUUGCUCUUCUUCCAACCCUCCACCUGGACUGUGGUCCAACUGGACCUAAAGCGAGCCAAGACCCGGGAGCUGUGCUUGGAGCGGGCGGCCAUGGAGCUGAAACUGGACGCGGAGAUGCUGGCGGUCUCCGGCACGGCAUUGACGACCCAAGGGCUCGAGCUGGUCCUGGGGCCUUCAGGCACCGGGGCGGCAACAAGCUUCCUGAGCGUGCACUUCCCCGCAGGCUCGGAUUCACGAGCGCCGCGCAUGCGCCUCAUGGAAGCUCAGGGAUCGCCAGGUGUUUUGCCCAUGGCACUGCCGGGAGGUCCAGGAUCAGGGGUGGCUGCAGUACCCUUCGGCGCGCCCAUGGCCUUCGCUUCCACCGAGGUCUCACAUGUGGCCAACCUCUUGGGCGAGGAGAAGGCUGUUUGGGCCUACCGUGCCAAAGCUGCACGCAGGCCUUUUGCUGCAUGGCCGCCAGUGGAAGAGGUCGUGGAGAUGCCGGACGAUGCCAUCAAAGCGCUGCUGGGUGCUGGGCCUGAAGCGAGCCCAGAACGGGCGGAGUGGCGCUGCCGAGACUGUGUUUGCUUGGGAUCCGAGCUGCUGCUACGAGCUGCUGCUGCGGGCGAGGGCGAGUGGCUGGAGUUUGUGCACCUGCCAUCCAGGACUGCUCGCCAGCGGCCAGCGGCCGAAGGCGAUGCUGGCCCUGUGGCAAGGAUCUUGGCAUGGCCCAAGACGCAGCUCAUAGAAGGGGAGGAUGCCUCGGGCUCCGGGCUGUUGGUGGUCUUCCAGAGCGGGCUCGUGCGGUGGAUGGAGGCGCACCCUGCCAGCCUGGCGGAGAGUUUGCAGGAGCACUUCCAAAGGCAAGGCUUGCGAGGUCUGAUGGAGGAGGAGCUUUCGGACGAGGAAGAGAUGGACUUGGAGUUGGAGUUGGAAGAGUUGAAUGAGGAAACUGCCGAUGAGGCGAGAGACCCCGAAGGGCCGGAAGUGGAGAGCGACGAGAGGGACGAGAGGCCCGGUAGAUUGCAGCCUGGCCGCGCGGGCCGGGCGGGCCGCGCGGGCCGGGCGGGCCGCGGCCACGCCGGACGUGCCGGACGAGGCGGACGUGGCGGACGUGGUGGCGGCGUUCGUGGUGGAGGCGGCGGUGGCGGACGCUUCCGCGGCCCGCAGGAGGUGCAGCGGCGGCUGCUGGGCCGGGCGUUGAAGCGGCGGAAGCAGGCGCUAUCGCACGGUGGACGAGAAGAGCUUUCGCCAGAUGGCAGCCCGCCAAAGGACGUAUCGAGCCCCAAGCACGGCGACGAAGAUGAGAAGGAGCAUAUUGGAGGCAACCGCUGGGCCGGCGGAACCGGUGGCGCCGACACCGCUGGCCUGGGGGGCCGCGGCGGACCGUACCGUCUCGAGAAGCCUGGCCAGCGCGUACGCCAAGUGAGCGACGAGGCCAAGGCCCAGGUCUCGGAGGAGGCGCAGCGUGCAGCGCGGCAGCUGGGCCAAGAGGCGCUGCGCCGGCGAUUGGAGGAGAUCCAUCUAAGCGGCGGAGACUACAACUUCUAUGCCAGCCUGCUGUCUGCUGUGCAGGGUGAGAUCGAGCGGCUGCGCACGGUGCUCGCCGGUGCCGCUGCGCGGCAGCGGGAGCGCACCUGGCGCCGGGGCUUGGAGGGGGAGCUGGACGAGACGCGGCUGGUGGACGCGCUGGCCGGGGAGGCGGCAGUCUUCAGGCGCCGCAAGGAGCGAGAGCCGCAGCCCGGAGAGCCCCCGAUGCGGCCGAAGCGCGCCUUAUUCCUCUUCGACGCCUCAGCGUCGAUGUACCGCUUCAACGGCACGGACGGGCGCCUGCGGCGCAGCUGCGAGACCGCCGUAAUGAUCAUGGAGGCGCUGCAAGGCUUGGAGGCUCGUUUCGAUUAUGCCAUUUACGCCCACGAUGGAGACUCGCCCUUGCAGGAGCUGGUAGCUUUCGGCCACCCCCCAGCAGACGAGAAGAGCCGCCUCGCAGUGGUGUCCAAGUUAGCGGCCAGCUCCCAGUACUGCAGCUCCGGAGACAACACCUUAGAGGCGCUUGAACAAGCGCGGCGCAAGGUUGCAGAGUCCGGCCCGGCAGAUGACCGCUUUGUCUUCGCCUUUUCCGAUGCCAACUUCGAGCGUUAUGGGCUCACGGCACAGGCAUUGUCCAAAGCCCUGGGCGCCAAGGGCGAGGCGGAGGAGGAGGUGCGAUCUAUCCUCUUCCUCCUGGCCACUUUUGAAGAUGAAGCACUGGCAAUGGCCAAUUCCUUGCCGGACCAGGUCCGUCUUUGUCUGGACCCUCGGACGUUGCCCUCUGAGCUGCGCCAGGAGUUCGCGAACCGAGUGAGCCGCAGAAGCGCUCUUUGAAGGGCUGCGGGUGUUGACUGGUGGCUUGGAUUCGCA